CGGAGCGGGCCAUGGCCGCGGCGGGCAGCGGCGUGGCGGCGGCGGCGGCGGCGGCGGCGGCGGAGGCGGGGGCGGCGUUCAGCACCGCGAACAGCGGCCGGGUGAACGGGCUGAGCCGCCCGCCCGGCGCCAUCGCCAUGAAGGAUCACGACGCCAUCAAGCUCUUCGUGGGGCAGAUCCCGCGUAACCUGGAGGAGAGCGACCUCAAGCCGCUCUUCGAGGAGUUCGGCCGCAUCUACGAGCUCACCGUCCUCAAGGAUCGCUUCACCGGCAUGCACAAAGGCUGUGCCUUCCUCACCUACUGCGCCCGCGACUCGGCCCUGAAGGCGCAGAGCGCCCUGCAUGAGCAGAAGACGCUGCCAGGGAUGAACCGCCCCAUCCAGGUGAAGCCGGCCGACAGCGAGGGCCGAGGAGAAGACAGGAAGCUCUUUGUGGGCAUGUUGGGGAAGCAGCAAAGUGAGGAUGACGUCCGGCGCCUCUUCGAACCCUUUGGCCAGAUUGAGGAGUGCACCAUCCUCCGAGGGCCUGAUGGAGCCAGCAAAGGUUGUGCCUUUGUGAAAUACGGCAGCCAUGCCGAGGCACAGGCUGCCAUCAACAGCCUGCACGGCAGCCAAACCAUGCCGGGUGCCUCAUCCAGCCUGGUGGUGAAGUUUGCGGACACGGAUAAGGAGAGGACCCUGCGGCGGAUGCAUCAGAUGGCGGGGCAGCUGGGCAUCUUCAACCCCAUGACCAUCCAGUUCGGCGCCUAUGGGGCUUAUACGCAAGCGAUCAUGCAGCAGCAGGCAGCCCUGAUGGCGGCCGCACAGGGGACCUGCCUGAACCCCAUGGCUGCCAUUGCCGCUGCCCAGAUGCAGCAAAUGGCCGCUUUCAAUGUCAGUGGGCUGGUGGCUGCCCCCCUCACCCCCUCUUCAGGUACGAGCACCCCCCCUGGCAUCAGCACGGCGCCCGUGCCCAGCAUUGCCACGCCAAUUGGGGUGAACGGCUUCAGCCCGCUGCCGCCACAGACCAACGGGCAGCCUGCCUCAGAGACCAUCUACACCAAUGGCAUCCACCCCUACCCAGCUCAAAGCCCCACGGUGGCAGAUCCCCUCCAGCAAGCCUACGCAGGCAUGCAGCACUAUGCAGCAGCAUAUCCUACUGCCUACGCACCCAUCAGCCAAGCCUUUCCCCAGCAAGCGCCCAUCAUCCCACAGCAGCAGCGAGAAGGUCCUGAAGGCUGUAACCUGUUUAUUUAUCACCUGCCCCAGGAGUUCGGGGAUGCAGAGCUCACACAGAUGUUCUUGCCUUUCGGCAAUGUCAUCUCUGCCAAAGUCUUUGUGGACCGUGCAACCAACCAGAGUAAAUGCUUUGGUUUCGUCAGUUUCGACAAUCCGACGAGUGCUCAGGCAGCCAUUCAGGCCAUGAAUGGCUUCCAGAUCGGCAUGAAGAGGCUAAAAGUCCAGCUAAAGCGGCCAAAAGAUGCCAACAGACCCUACUGACCCCUGCUCACCCUGGCCCUGCGGAGAGGUCAAGCGUCCUGCGGUGUUUGAUGACAUUCCCCUUCCCCAAGUGCAGUAUCCAAACCCGUAACUCUCUUUCUUUGCAACACAUCCCAGAGGAAGAAGAGGAGGAGGAGGUGAUGGAGAAAACAGCAAAGAAGAGAGCCAUUCUGGUCGUAGCUUUUCUUUUCUUUUUUGAUAUUUUUCCCAAACUGGUCUUGUUUGUUAACGGGAACAAGAGAGCGAGGAAGACAAGGAAGGAGGAGAGCAAUGCGGCGCCGGGGCUGAGAUUCGCUGCUGGCUGCUUGUCGGGACUCACUGAAUCCCUCACCGGGAGAAAGAACCACGGCCCUGGGUGCUCGGGAUAUGAUCUACCUUUGUUGUUUUGUUUUUGUUUUUGUUUUUUUUUUUUAAAGCACUCACUUGCUGCUACCGAUUUCCCAGGAGAAAUGAGGAAAAGAGGCUCCAAACGGAUUCUUAAACCAAAGCCGGUGGGACGGGACCAGCCUCAGGCACUUCACCUGGAGGAUGCUUGUUUGGAAAAGAGAAAAAGGGCAAGAUUUUCUUUUUUUCCACGUUGGGAAAGGAAAAAAAAAAAAAGGAUCAAAGGAUGUUGGACUUAUAGAAGAUAUAUAUAAAUAAGUAUAUAUAUAUAUAUAUAUCCCAUGGAGCGGGGCGGUGGGACACAUGCUUCCCCCUGCUCGUCACUGGCACAGGGACAUAGGAUUACUUGUUUCAGAGUCAUAUCAUUCCUUAGAGUUUAGGGACCAAAGGACUAUUGCUUUUUUAAAUAUAUCUAUAAAUAAAUUAAUUUAAAACAAAACAAAACACAAAAAAAAAAACCAGGAAGAAGAAGAAAAACAAACAAAAGCAGAAAUUAAGGUUGAGAAAAACCUCGGGCGUUACAAGCUGCGAGCGUUUCCUAGAGGGCUCGGUGUCGGGGGGCCGAUUUGUGGGGCUCAAGGGCUCGGUUUUGGGGGGCCG